AUGUUCAUCUGGAUUCAACAAGCAAUCGCGAAAUACGGACAGGACAUUAUCAUUAAGAUCCUGGCGGCUGGUCCUGUUCCCAAACAUGUAGCCUUCGUUAUGGACGGCAACCGUCGAUACGCCAGGAAACACCAAAAAGAAAUACCACAGGGACAUUCGGAGGGAUUCGUCGCGCUGAAGCGGGUCUUGGAAGUGUGCUUAUACCUGGGUGUCAGCUGUGUCACCGUUUAUGCCUUUGCUAUCGACAAUUUUAAACGGUCUCCAGAAGAAGUCGAUGCUUUGAUGCAUUUGGCUGAGACUAAGCUUGUGGAAUUGUGUGAACAUGGGGACCUGCUAGACAAGUAUGGUGUACGGUUGAAUGUGCUUGGUAGGAAGGAGCUCUUGCCGGAGCCCGUGAGGGCAGCUAUCGCCAAAGCUGAGGACAUGACGCGCAAUAACAAACGUGCUAUUCUGAAUGUCUGCAUGCCCUACGGUUCUCGAGACGAAAUUACCACCGCCGUGCAGUCGUCCGUGCAGAAUGCGAUGGAAGGGGAUUGCGUCGUCACUGAAGAAGACAUAGAAUCCAACCUGAUGACUACACUCGGAAAUAGUCCUCCUUUGGACAUCCUCAUUCGAACGAGCGGGGUGAAGCGGUUGAGCGAUUUUCUGUUGUGGCAGUGCUGUGAAGACACCCAGAUUCAUUUCACGGAUACCUUCUGGCCCGACUUUGCCCUCACCGAUUUCAUCCCUAUCCUUCUCGACUACCAGCGUAAAGUUUGGAGCAAACCGUCCAACGCCGGCCCUUGA